GCGGAUUAGAGUUCAUUCAAAAUGCUUUUGAUGAGUUUAUUUACGGUUGUUUAAUGUUGGCACGAGCUGUAUUUUGAUCCAGUGUGUAUGGUGGUUGGUAUCGGAUCAUAAUUACUGAAUUGCAUACCUUUGACCGUAAUCGGUCUUCUGACAAUUAUGCCACCAUAUUAACGCCUGAUCGCGGUGGCAUAAUCGGUUUGGACGGUGUAGUGUGUGGAUGUCGUGCGCAGCUGUUCAUCCUGUCCUUCAUCUGCUCCAUGUGGAAAAAUGGCAUCACGAAUCCGCUCGAGUCGUCCGCGUCGUUCCAGCGAACAAAGAGCGCUGCUGGAUGAAACACCCCUCAGCAUCAGCGACGUCAGCAGUAAAGAUCCGAAAGAGAACUAUCGGACGGGUCUAUCGGACAGUAUUAAUCUGAAGAACAGCACCGUACGGCGUCUGCUGCAACUGAAUUUUCUGGUGCGCUGUCGGAAGAGUUUCGGUGAUAUUGAGGAAUGCGGGAUUGCCUUCGGUAGUGCGGUGCAUUAUCUGCUGAUUUCCCUCUGUGAUCCCUGUAAGGAGAUCCGGGCCGCUUCCUUCCGGGUCUUGCGACAUUUUACUACCGCACGCCAUCAUUGCGAGGCGCUGCGGACAGCGCAUGUGGAUUUUUAUGUCGCCCGGGCGCUGGAUGUAUCGCUGGACAAUGAAGUUGAGCGAAUACAAGCCAUCCUUCUGGCUCGUAAAAUGGUCCAACUGGGUGAUGUGCCGAAUUCCAUUGUUAACGCCAUGAUCGGCCUGGCAUCGGAAGGCGGCGAGGAAUCCGAGAGGAUGACUAAAAUCUGCCUAGAAACCUUAUGCGAAAUCUUGAUCCUGUGCCCGGAUCACCCCUACAUCGUUCGCAUACUGCGGGUUCUGAUGGACUUCCUGCUGACCUCCAGUUCCCUGCCUCUGACCAGUGCGGUCGUGGCGGCCAUUGCUCAUUAUGCCGGCAAGCAUCAAACGGCGGUUAUGGCCAGUCAGUGUGAUAUUACACAAAUUCUUUCGCCUAUCACAACGCUGGAAGGAUUUAGCGAUGAUAUCAGGAAAGAAGCCAAAGAUGCCAAAGCCGUGAUGGUUCAGGCAGCCAAGAAUGCCAUUGUAUCUGCAUUGCGCAGCUGGGAGGGACUGUAUUUAUUAACAUAUUCCGUGGUUACCGGUGUGGAAUCGCUUGUUGGCGUUUUAUCUCUGCACAACCCGGCUGCUCACGAAGCUGUAUUCGAUAUUGUAUCUCAGUUACUUUUUAUUCCCAAGGAUUAUGAAUCCUCCCUUGUCCCUUGUGAAUCCUGGAGUAUACAAGAGGACUUUGUGGCCGGCGAAGCGCGUGCCUUAUUGCCGCACAUCGGUCGGACACGUGUCAAUUUGUGUGCCAAUGUUAUUACCUUGUUAUUGUUUCUCUUCCAACAAACCCGAUUGAUUGAGGGUUUGGUAUCUGUGAUAACCGCUGAUCCGGAUUUGCACCGGCGAGCAUUGUAUUUAUUGAACAGUUUUUUAUCACUGGCAAAUGUUUAUCUUCCCGCGGAGUUCACCACGCAGAUGCAGAGCUUACCGGCGCUGGUCUCCCUGGCCACGGCUAUCAACAAGUACAACAGUCGCGUCCAGGGCGCGGAAGCCGUUGCCGAUCUCUUUCGGCUCAACCAUGAGCGCUCCAUCCAACCGGAAAUGCCGCCGAAUAUGAGCCUUUAUCUGGAGCAUGUAUUGGAGAUGUGCCGGCGAAAUCGUGAACGGAAGUAUUUCGAUGGUUCACUAAGGGACCUGGAUAACAGUAUGAUAAGAGAUUCUCUUGUCCUCAUUGACAAUACGCAUACAAGCUGGAAAUGGCAGCUUAUCGCGUCAUUAUUGAAGGCCGAUGCCAUCCGUGCUAGUGAUGCUAGCGGCUACAGAUUUCUGUAUAAAUUGCUCAUCUUCUACAAACCUUCGAAUAAAUUAUUCUCCGUAAUACCAAAAAAGCAAGAUCUCGGCCGUUUGAAGGCCCGUUGUGGGAGUUAUUUUGUGGAGAUAUUAUUGCGUGAAGUGCCAGAUAUGCUGGAGGAGCUCCUAACUGAUUUCACCCGGUAUUUGAAAAUGUCCCACGAAGAUCCCGGUGCUGAUGUGAUAUUCAAUCCGUUGAAACUGUUAUCGUCCUGCUCUUCGGAUUAUUUUAUGUUCGUGGGAAAAAUCUCAUGCCAUCCAGAGGGAGAAAAAAUGCUACAGAAAACCGGCGUUUUUGAUACGUUUGAGCGUCUGAUUUUUAUGGAGGACAUCCAUGAAUCGUACAUCAAACUAAUUAUCACGAUGCUGGAUUACCGGAAUGAUGGGCUGUCGAGGGGAUUAUUACGGAAAGCCUUGAACCUUUGCUCACCGGCUCUCCGGCGUUAUGCGACGCUGCAUUUGCGGACGCUUUUACGCGCUCGUCUACCGGGAUUUUCUGAAUGGGGAAUGGAGUUGUUAAUUGGACGCUUGCAGGAUGCGAACAUCAUUGUCGCUCAGACUGCCGUGGAAAUCAUCGAUGAAGCGUGCGAUGAGAAGGCCAAUCUGGAUGACUUUGUCGGCCGGGAGAAACCACGAAUGGAGCAUCUCCAUCCCAUGACGGAUUUCUUGACCGCACGCGUUUUGGGUACGAAAGGCGGAUUUGAGAUGAUGAAAGAAAUGGUGUACAUGGAGAUACUGAAAUGGAAGGAUGGCUUCAACAGGCGCUAUGUUGAUAUCGUCGAACAUCUGCUCAGCGCUAAACUGAUGUGCGGCGAUUCCGAACGGUCCAUGUACCGGCAAACUUCGCAAUGUGUCUGCAUGCCGGAGAUUUUUCUACCAGAACAUCUUUACGGUCAGCUAGUGCAGCAUUCCGAAGGAUCGCUACUAAUUCGCGAGGAAAUGCCCCAUUUGGUGAACGUUAUCCGCGCAACGUCCAGUGAGCCAACCAUCAAUACCAAAUCGGCGCUAUGGGCUCUGGGUCACAUUGGCCGAACUGUCGAUGGAAUGGCGAUGCUAAACGAAUACGAUGUGCUGGAUAUGGUCGUUAGUACAGCGGCAGAGCAUCCGAAUUUAUCCGUCCGUGGGACGGCGUAUUUCGUUCUGGGAUUAUGGUCAACAACGGAACGUGGCGCUGAUCUCCUAAAAUCACGCGAUUGGUUGGCCAUUCGGCACAAUCGCCAUGAACUGUGGCCACUGGUCGAUCAGCGGGUGCAGUACACGUGGGACAACGCAUCCGAAUCCAUCACCGCUGCCCUGCCUAGUUUCAAUGCGUCGCCUCGGCCGCAGCGCUUGAUCUCCUUCACCACGGCGCCUGCGCAUGAUUUGCGAGUGCCCUCGCCGUUGUUUGCUGAGAAAGAAGCCAAUGUCUUCUUCACGAAAGAUGGAUGCUAUUUGGAUGGACCGUUACCACACAAAACUAGUCGCGGCGAAUCCGGGUUUGAGUCGUCUGAUGGUCUGGAUUCAGUGCCAGAUGGCAUUGCGAAGGAUCACAGAAUGGAUCGCAGUGCCAGCGCCAAAACGACGGAUACGGCGCUUAGCAGCUUUGGAUCACCGGAUGACUUGACUGAUGGCUCGCCUACUCGGCUGUCGCAUUUUCAGCGCUCUCCGGAAAGUCAUGCUAGUUCGGCAGUCGAGCGUUCCCGUCGCACGCUUCUGCGGAUGAAAUCGCAUCGCGAUACAUAUUCAUUUGACGAAGUACGGCAUCGGCGCAGUGAAGCGCGGCAUUCCUUUCGCUCGCUGGUUCACACCAUGAAAGUGCACAGCACCUUUCUGCAUCGGAAGAGUUCCGUGCACAGUGCUAGUCCUCCUCAUCCGAGUGCACCGAGUUCAACAUCUUCUUCCAUUGUACCUGGAGAGUCGUCAGCCAAAGAAGAAAAAUACAUCGGAAUAUGUGUCCCUUUGAGACGGAAUAUGUGGCGAAAGCAGCCUGUUCGCAAAUCCGUCCAUAAGGAUGAUUUUUUUGUGGGAAACCUUGUGACACGGAAGCUUAGCCAUCAGGUUGAUCCCAGAAACGGUUUGGAGUUGCACUCGGUGUCUAACUGUAUCAUGUGCUCAAUGUUGGCCGUGGAUCGGUCUAGGGCUGAAACAACAGAAAGCCCGGUGGUUCUCAAGCGAAAGGAAGUGUUGCGAUUCAUCAGCGCCUUGGCUACACCGCUCGGACACAAGGCGGCGGAACAAGGACUGCUACAAUUGAAGAACCAGCUGGCUGAUUCGUUUCUUGAUCCUUGUUUGUACUCGGAAGUAAGCCACAUUCUCUCAGCGUAUACUUUCAAAUUGUCCAUUCGCCGCAUGAUACAAGAGUUGUUUUUGGAUUUACCCCUUCAGAAGUGUCUGCUCGAACCUCUGGAGUCCGAAGUGCGAUCUGUUAGCACUCCUGUGCCUGAAGAGAAUUUGAGCAGUGAUGAUGCUCCCCAGAUUGGCGAAUUAGCAAUAUAGUUUUGUUACCAUGUUUCGUUUCUUUGGACAACAACGGUCUUUGAAGCGUUUUUCCGAGUUUUUACGCUGCAUUGGCAGGAAAGCAGCUUUAUGCGGUUUUUUGGUGGACUUUUCCGGUUAAAAUUGGUUUGAAAACCGGUUGUUUUAUCGUUUUAUGGGUAAGAAUAAUAAAAAUAUUGUGCGCGA